AUGACGGACAAAGUACAAUCUCCUCCUAAAGAUGCUGAUGGGAAUCCCAGCACUCAAGAAAAAGUCCUUUCCCAAAUCAACGAAAAGAUCAAGGCAGCUCAAAAAGCCACCGAAAAAGCAUCUGCAAAUCGCGAAGAAGCAUCCUCGCUUCCUGAUUCCGAAGAUGCCCAAGAAGCAAAGGCAAAACUUCUAGAAGAAGCCCAGAAAUUGGAGAAGAGAGCGAAUUCGGAGUUGAAGAUUGCUCAGAGGUUGCAGAGUGGAGUGUGGCAGGGAGGGGCUGGAGGUGCGGGGAUAGGGGCGGGUGUGGGAAUGGGGUUGGGGACGGUGGUGGGAUCGGUGGUGGGAGGUGUGGUGAGUGUGCCGACUACGGGGUUGGGAUUGUUGGCGGGUGUUGGGGCGGGGGCGGCUCAUGGACCUUGGUUUAAGUUACCGAAGAUUGGGGGAGAGGAAGGGGAAGCGGGGGAAGCAGAUGAGAAAGCGGCGGAGGGAGAUGUGAAGAAGGAAGAGGGAGAGAUGAAGAAAGUGGAGGCGGAGAUGGAAGAGGAGAAAUAG